CUUGCUUGCCAAAAAUUUCCACCACAAUCAUUUACCGCACCUUAUCCACCAACUCUUUCUUCCACCUUCUGCUCGCGAUCUCCAACACUGUCAGCGUGCACACAACCUCAGCAGCUGUUCUUCUUUCUCUUUCCUCCGUUCUCCACUUCGAAUAGUUUCUUCCCUAAUUCCUUCCUAAUUACUCACCAAAAGUACAAGUAUGCUGCCCCUUCCAGCAUUGAUGAACGGCUCAACUGAAGCGGAAUCCAUAGAUCUGUACGAGAUUCUUGGAAUAGAAUCGAGUGCUACAAAAGCUGAAAUCAAGAAGGCCUAUCAUAAAGCCGCUCUCUCAUCUCACCCCGACAAGGUUCCGGAACACGAAAGGGAAGAUGCUGAAAAUCGCUUCAAGGAUGUUUCUCAGGCUUACGAGAUUUUAUCUGAUGAUGAAAAACGCGCCCGUUACGACCGUUUUGGAAUGGCAGAUUUUACUCCAGGUGGAGGUAUGGGAGGGGAUGUUGAUCUCGAGGAAAUGUUAAGUCACGUGUUUGGAAUGAGCGGAAUGGGUGGAAUGGGAGGUUUCCCAGGUAUGGGUCCAAUGCCUAGGGGAGCAGGUGGAAGAAAGCAAAAAGGCAAAGACGUGGUGCAACAGUACGAAGUGAGCCUGGAGGAACUGUACAAAGGCAAGACUGUCAAGCUGGCUAGUACUAGAAGUAUUCUGUGCUCUCUCUGUAAAGGGUCUGGUGGAAAAGACAAAGCCAAGGCUAAAAAAUGCGCAACUUGUUCUGGCCGCGGUUGGAACCAGAAUCUUCGCCAAGUCGGUCGUGGUAUCGUCACCCAAGAAAAUGUAAUUUGUGUAUCAUGCAAAGGAAGCGGAGAUGUUUUUCGAGAAAAGGAUCGCUGCAAGAAAUGCAAAGGGAAUUGCGUGGUUGAGGAAAGGAAGGUUCUGGAAAUAUACAUUCCUCGUGGUUCUAAGGAGGGCGACAAGAUUGUUCUACAAGGUGAAGCAGAUGAAGCCCCAGACCACGAAACUGGUAACAUCAUAUUCCUCUUGGAAGAGAAAGAUCACGACGUAUUCUCGCGCGCUGGGGCUGACCUCACGGCACCAUUGCGUGUUUCCUUGGCUGAGGCUUUGACUGGAUUCUCUCGAGUCGCUCUGAAACAUCUUGACGGGAGAGGAAUUCGGAUCACUCAUUCCAAGGGAAAGAUUCUUAGGCCAGGCCAAGUUCUCAAGGUUGAAGGCGAAGGGAUGCCUCAUAAGAAGGGAGAUGGCAAAGGAGAUCUCUUUCUUAUUGUUGACAUUGAGUUUCCCGAAGAUGGUUGGGCUCCAGACGUCAGUGGUAUCAGAAAGGUUCUACCCGAAUGGACCGGUGUGGAAGUACAAGCAGAGCAAGUGGACGAUGUGACGUUUGAUCCAAACGGUGAUAUCGACGAUUUUGGCAACUCGGAUGAAGCUGGAGGGGGGGGCUGGGUUGAUGAAGAUGAUGAGGAUGGUGAUAGCAGUCGGCAAUGCGCUCAGCAAUAGAUCAGCAGAACCCCUACCAAGGAGAGGAGCAGCAAGGUUAUAGAAGGCGGCGUUUUACGAGCUUGCCUAAAGGGAGUUUCGACGAUUCUUAUAUCUUAUUACAUUUCUAUCGCCCCUCUCUGCUUUUGUAUCUCUUAUUCCUCUUUACUUUUUAGCAUUAAGGUUUUUCCAGGUUUGCUGUUAGCUGGUGGAAUCUGUCAUGCCAGACUGGUGAACUCUCUUACGGUAUUCGUUCACGGCAUAAAAAAAUUGAUAACGUUGGUGUAAA